AUGAGUCAAGCUCGCAAUAAAAAGAAUUUGAAUUCUUCCCUUGACAACAUCAAUUAUCAUUCCAUCAAGGAUAAAGCACCAAAAUAGAAGCAUAAUCUUUCAUUAUUCGAGUCAGAAUUAGACAUCAACUAAUUUGGCUAGAGUAUGGACUAAUCAGAAAAAACUUAUAUAAUGGCAAGACUAAAAGAUAAACUUAAGAAGAGUUCAAGGCAUGACAUCAAAUUCCCAUCAGUCCUCAAACACUCAGACCUAAGUACAUAAAUUACCAGAGCUACUCACUCGUCUCUUGAUCAUUCUCCCUAUGUAUCAAGUGUAACUCCACAUGCUCACCGUAAGAACGAAGGAGCAGCAAUGUUUGAAACCGUUCGAAAAGAUAGAGAAACAGAGUAUCACCUUGUAUUAAUGGAAAAUAGAAUUAAAAAGCUGUAAGAUGAGGAAAUUAGGGCCCAGAAAAAAAUUCAAGAAACCCUUGAACGAACACAAAGAUACUAGAGAAUCUAAGAUUUCAAAAAUCAGCUUAAAAACUAGAUCUAGGAUCAUAAAACUCUCACAGAGAGACAAACAGAUGAUUAUAGAAAAAAGUUGAUUUAAGAUAAGAUUGAGAAAGAUCAAAGGAUGAAAGAGCUCAAGGAUAAAAUACGUUAAGAGAAAGCCAUGAAUAAGGAAGAGAUAGAUCACAGUAUUCACGUACUUAUUCAAAGAGCUAAUCUAGAAUUGGAUGAUAUUUAGAAUUAGAAGAGAGACAUUUCGGAGAGCAUAAAGCAAAAUAAAAACUAUGGAUCAUAAAUGAGAAAAGACUAGAAAUUAUUUAUGGAAUUGGAAAGAACCGAGUAAUAUAUGAAGAAACAUAUGGAUACAUAGGCUGCGACAGAGGAAAAAAAUAGAAAGAUUGCUGAACUAAGUGUUAAAGAAAUGGAACUCCUCCAGAGAUUAUAACAUACCAAAAUGAUGCAAGAGUAAGUGAUGAGCCAAUACUAGACUAAAACUGGUUUGGAUAAGAAAGUAUUAUUCAAAAUGGCUCCCAGUCAAUAGAGUUUCAUGCUGGGCUUUAAGUAGUAGCAGAGUAGUUCUAUGCAAACUUCACCUAGAGAGGACAGUAGAUUGAAUCUUCUGCAAUAGUCAUAGUGA